AUGAGUGAACAAUGUCAAAUGAUUUGGGUUCCAGAUGCUGAGGAGGUGUUUGUGAAAGGACAGUUGGUUUCCACAAAGACAAUUAAAAACAAACAGAACAAGGAUGAGAAGGUCUGUCUUGUGAGAGUGAAUGGCAAGGAACGAGAAGUGCUGGAGGUGGAGACCGCGGCGGUGAAUCCGUCAACGUUUGACAAGAUAGACGAUAUGUCCGAGUUGACCCACUUGAACGAGGCGUCUGUGUUGUACAACUUGGAGAACCGAUACAAGGACGAUAUGAUAUAUACUUAUUCUGGGCUAUUCCUCGUCGCGUUGAAUCCGUACAGCAACAUCAAGGUGUACACGCAGGACUAUGUGAACUUGUACCAUGGGUCACCCAAGGAAGACAACGAGCCGCAUAUCUUUGCGGUAGCGGAGCAGGCAUACCGCAACUUGUUGACACAGAGGCAGGACCAGUCGGUGUUAGUAACAGGGGAGUCUGGGGCAGGUAAGACCGAGAAUACAAAGAAGAUCUUGCAGUAUCUCGCGUCGAUCACAUCGGAUGAAAAGCUGGCACACACAAACUUGGAAUCGUUCGAACGCAAGAUAUUGCAGGCCAACCCGAUUUUGGAGUCUUUCGGGAACGCGCAAACUGUGCGUAACAAUAAUUCGUCGCGCUUUGGUAAGUUUAUAAAAAUUGAAUUUGACGAGUUUGGGAAGAUAAACGGUGCACAUAUCGAGUGGUAUCUCCUCGAGAAAUCACGUAUCAUCCAGCAGAACAUCAGGGAGCGGAAUUACCAUGUUUUCUACCAGUUGUUAUCUGGUAUGCCAGCUGGGAAGUUGAAAACGCUUGAAUUGGUGUCUAACUCCAUAACAGACUAUGCAUAUUUACGCGACUCUAAUCCAUCUAUUCCGGGGGUUGAUGACGCGCACGAUUUUUCGAGUUUAUUGUCUGCAUUUAACGUUGUCGGGUUCAAGGAGGAUGAAAUACAUGACAUAUUUCAGUGCAUUGCCAUCAUUCUUCAUAUCGGCAACGUGGAAUUCACCUCAACAAGAGCAGAACAAGCGACGAUUAAGAACGACGUUGCACCAUUGUGCAAGCUAAUAGGCGUAGAUGAGGCGGCCUUCAAAAUGGCAGUCUUGAAGCCGAAAUCUAAGGCGGGUAAGGAGUGGGUAUCGCAGUCGAAGAAUGCUGCACAGUCGAGGUUCAUUUUAAACUCGUUGUCAAGAUCACUUUAUGAAAAACUUUUUGCACAUAUUGUUAGGAGAAUAAAUCGCAGUUUAGAUCAUGGUUCUAUGACGGAAAAUUAUAUUGGGUUACUUGAUAUUGCAGGUUUUGAAAUAUUUAAGGAUAAUUCGUUCGAGCAAUUAUGUAUUAACUACACUAAUGAAAAGUUACAGCAGUUUUUCAACCACCACAUGUUCGUCUUAGAGCAAAGGGAAUAUGUCAAAGAGGACAUUCAAUGGGACUUUAUUGAUUAUGGGAAGGACCUAGAAUAUACAAUUGAGUUGAUCGAGAAGAAAAAUAACCCUGCAGGUAUUCUUUCGAUUCUCGAUGAAGAGUCUAUCUUACCCAAAUCUACUGACGAAUCCUUUUAUUCUAAGCUCAUGUCUGCAUGGGAUGGUAAAUCCCCCAAAUUCAAGCGGUCUAAACUUCAGCAGUGUUUUGUUCUUGAACAUUACGCUGCUGACGUCGAGUAUAAUGUGAAGGACUGGCUAUCAAAGAAUAAAGACCCGUUGAACGAUCAUCUACUUACUUUACUAUCCGAAUCAUCGAAUAAGUUGAUAUCCGAAUUUUAUACAGAACAAUCCCGGGGUCAUUUUUCGAAGACUGCGUCGAAUAGACACAAGGAGCAGUUGACGUUGUUGCUUGAUCAACUCUCAUCUACAGACCCACACUUCGUCAGAUGCAUUGUGCCAAACACAAAGAAAAAGGCGAAGACUUUUGAUAGAAAGCUUAUUCUAGAUCAGUUACGUUGCAAUGGUGUCUUAGAAGGUAUCCGGAUUGCAAGGGAAGGGUAUCCUAAUCGCAUCUUUUUCAGGGAGUUCUUUCAGCGAUAUAAGAUUUUAGGAGCUGAUCCGAAAUUUUCCAAUAAUUCCAAGAAAAACUGUGAAUACUUGUUGUCUUGUAUUUCCCUAGACCCGUCAUUGUACAAGGUUGGAAACACUAAACUGUUUUUCAAGGCUGGUGUUCUUGCGCAAUUAGAGACUCAGAAAGAGGAGAAGAUAAGCGGAAUCGUUACUGGUUUAAAUGCAAUCAUCCACGGUAAGACGGUUAGAACCGCAAUAAAUCUUCAAUUCCAAAAGCUUCAGGCGGCUAAGGUAUUGAGCACUACAUUUAACUUAUAUUCUAAGCUGAUGGAAGAUCCUUGGUACAGCUUGUAUGUUAAGGUCAAGCCCAUGUUAGGAUCAUCUCAGUUUAUCGCCAAAUCUAAAAAAAUUGCUGAACAGGUUAAGCAAUUGGAAAAGGAUCUCUCUGCAACAAAGAGUGAAAGAGAUGACCUUGCAACUAAGAAUUUCAAUGUUGAAAAGGAAUUAGCAGAGAUUAGGACUGCCCUUUCCAAGGAGACAGAGAAGUUGCAGAAUUUCGAGCGCUUGUACGAUACGGCGAAGAAAAGGGAAGAAGAGUUACGCAGUGCCUACGAGGAAGCGGUCAAGUUAAAGGAUACCCUACAGUCAGAGACUACUAUAAACAACGAAGAGUAUCAGAAGCUGCAAAAAGAGCUCCAGCAACUAAAGGAAUCUAGAGAACAAAGCAACACAAAGAUCAAGGAGUUGGAAACGGAGAAAUCUAAUUUACAGAAGCAGAUUGACAGCAUGAAACGGCAGGUUGACAGCAGUACAAAGCAGGCCAUGGCCAUGAAGGCUGAUAAAUCUGACUUGGAAUCACAAUUGAGGAAACUUAAACUGGAACUAAAAUCAAAGGAGAAACGUGUUAAAGAACUUGAACAGAAAGUUGAUAAUUCUGGCGAGGAUUUGAAGUUGAAGUUGCAACAGGUAGAAAGAGCGGCAGCCACUAAUAAUAAGAGAUUAGAACAAUUAACAUCUGAGAAUAAACUCAUGAAGGAUCAGAUGGAAAAAUCUAAAAAAGAGCAGCAUGAAAGUCAAAGGCAACUAUCCUCUAGAGGAAGUGAACUGAUACGUCUGAAUGAAAGAAUCGAAGCGGAACGUGAGCAAGUUUCCGACCUGACUCGUGAAAGAGAUAACUUGGUAGCAGAGCAUGAGCAAGUCGUGAAUCAGCUUGCUAUAGCGAGAAGUGAGAUUGCAGAGUACAAAAAGAAAAUUGAGGCGUUAAAAGCAGAGGCUGAAAAUAUGAAGGAGAAUUAUGCUGAAUCAAGCCCUGCAUCUCAAGCUCUAGUUGCUACUGUUGAAAAUAGAAUGCGCGGAUUGGAAGAUGAAUUGACCAAAGAACGAGCCAUGAAUAGGUUCCUAAAUGAAAAGCUUUUAUCGGCCUUUCAUAACGGAGGCGUGCACGACGCCCAGUAUAAGGAAUCAGCAACCAAAGAGGACCUUAUUGCAUGUUAUGAAGAGGCGAAACUCAAAUUACGGAAAACUGCUUUCAGAUUAGAGAAAGAACUUGAGGAGAAGAAGGAAUUAAUAUCGCGCUUGCGGUUUACCGAAACUAGACUAGCUUCCGCAUCCUUCGACAAUCAGACUAUAUGUAUGCAAUUAAAGAAGUUGAAAGAGUUGCUGCGUAAGUCGAACAAAAAUAUCAACAUGGAAAAGGAAUUAGAAGAAGUUGAUAUAAUCGAGUUUAAUCAUGAGAAGUUAUUGUUGGAGAUUGAUUAUUUGAAGAGGCAGUUGGAGCAUGAAAGAAAUGCUCGAGUCAAUGCUGAGCAUGUGGCAUCAUCCCUCCAUAGCAAAUUUAGGCAGAUACAACGCUCCGACUCCAUACCUGACAUAUACAAGCUAAAGUAUGAAGCGAGUGAAGAACGUGUCAGAGCAUUGGAAAGUAAGUUAAUGUCAUCUCCUCUGAAAGACAAGACUAAUACAUCUAAUGGUGAAAUAUUCUUACAUCGUGAAUCUAUUUCUAAAUAUGAGGAUGAAUUGAAACUGCAUAAAUUGGAGAACUACAAGCUACAAGACUACUUGAAGGAGAGUAACAAACAACUAUCGACACUAACUCACGAAUUGAAAGUAGCAAAGAUGGCUGAAACUGCUAUGCACGACCAGUUAGUCCAGUUAGAGCAGGACCUAGCUUCUACCGAAAAGCAGAAACAAUUGCUCCAAUCCAGCGUCAGGCACCAUCAAACACAGUAUGAAAACUGUAUAAAUGAUUUGCAUGCUACAGAGGCUCAGAUGAGGGAUUUAGUUCAUUCCUUAAAACAAUCAGAAGAAGAUAUCCAGACAAUGACCGAUUUGAUCCAGAAAUUGCGUAGCCAAAGUAAACAGAAGGAUAUGCUGAUAUGGGAUUUGGAAAAAACAAUUGGCCAGUUGGAAGGCAAACUUGGCGAUCGUACUCGUGCGGAGUCCGAACUGAAGAAAGAGCUGACGACUUUGACGUACAAGGGUAAUGUACUCAGAGCUGAAACAGCCUCGAAGAUUGAUGACCUGCUGCAGCAAAGCACCCAUUACGAUGCGAUUAUUCAAGAUUUAGUUUCCCAAAAGGAAGCCGCCGAAUCACUGCAAACUGCCCUACAGAACAAACUCAAUGCCUUAACCUCCCAGAUGGAUAAUAUGGCUAAGGAUUUGAACUCUCUAGCAACUGAAAAGCUACAGUUAGAGAAUGAUAGAGAAAUGCUUUUAUCUAAACUAAAAACUACUAAUGUGGAUUUUGAAAAAUCCAUAAAUGAGAGGACCAAUAUAGUCAACGAGUUAGAAUUUCUACGGGAGCAGAUGGUUCUGCAACAGCGUCAAAACGAAAGAAAUGAAUCGCUUAUUGAGCAGAUACAGGAAGAAGCUCUGAGAAUCAAGUCGCAAUUAAAUGAUGAACGCAAUAAAAAUAUUGAGUUGUAUGAACAGAAUCAAUCGUUGGGUAGAACCAAUAUGCAGUUGGGGCAGCGGCUUGAGAUGCUGGAAGGGGGAUUGGCUGAUGGGUCGGAGAAACGUGUCUGGAUGAAACGGAUCCAUGAACUUGAAAUGCGGCUGAACGAAGAAUCAGAACUGAAGUUCGAAGAGAUGAAGCGGAAUCAGGGCCUGCAACGCAUGCUUGAAGAACUGAAGAGUGCGACCAACAACCAGGAGAAUAUUAUUAGCAUUGCCAGCAAGGAUAGAGAUGUCGUGGAAAAGCAAUUUGCUGAGGUAGCUUCUCGUGUUGACGGCAUGGAGAAGUAUAUUUCAAAGCAGGACGGAGCAUUUAAGAAGAUGGAACAAGAAAACACAUACUAUAAAAAUAGAAUUGCGGAGUUAGAACAGGAGAUAUUUUUAUGGCAAGAAAGAUACAAAGGACUAUCGACACAUCGCAGGAGUUUGGCGCAGUCAACGGAGGAGGUGUUAAUAUAA